CGUCGAGGCCGGCGGUUGGCGGCGGGCAGCGCGGCGGCCAUGGCGGCGAGCGUCGCGCGCUGUGCUGUGUGGAGAUGGCCGUGGCGGGCAGGCUCCCGGCGCUGGUACCGUACGGAGCGGGGGGUGUACGGCUACAAGCCGCGCAAAGCGGUAGGAGAGAGCUCGGCGGAGCCGCGCGGCGCUGGGGAGAGCGGCAAAGCAGUUGAUCAUGCCCUUGCUCGUUUAAUAACUGCGUACUCCGAACAUGGACACAAAGCAGCCAAAAUAAAUCCACUGUUUGCUGGGCAAGCUGUUAUGAAUGUGGUACCUGAAAUCCGAGAGUUGACUGAAGUUCUUCAAGGGCCUCUCAUUACCACAGGGCUUCUCAACAUGGGAAAAGAAGAGGCUUCUGUAGAGGAUGUGUUGGCUUACCUUGACCAUGUGUACUGCGGCCAUAUUUCCAUAGAAACAAGCCAGCUUCCAACCUUGGAGGAGAGAAAAUGGUUUACUAAAAGAUUUGAAGAACUGAAACAAGAAGCGUUUAUGACUGAAGAGAAAAAGCACUUGUGCAAACUGAUGUUGGAGUCACAGGAGUUUGAUCGCUUCUUAGCCACCAAGUUUGCUACAGUGAAGCGAUACGGCGGAGAAGGAGCAGAGAGCAUGAUGGGCUUCUUCCAUGAAUUGUUUAAGAUGUGUGCAUACAGUGGUGUGACAGAUAUCAUUCUUGGAAUGCCUCACCGUGGAAGACUUAAUCUUCUCACAGGCUUGCUUCAGCUUCCACCAGAGCUCAUGUUCCGUAAGAUGCGUGGUUUGAGUGAGUUUCCAGAGAAUUCAGCAGCCAUUGGGGACGUUCUCUCCCACCUGACAUCUUCUGUGGAUCUUGACUUUGGUUCGCACAGGCCUGUGCAUGUCACCUUGCUACCAAACCCCUCACACUUAGAAGCAAUCAAUCCAGUGGCCGUGGGCAAGACACGAGGAAGACAGCAGUCUCUGCUCGAUGGAGAUUACUCCCCAGAGAGCUCCGCACAGCCUGGAGACAAAGUUAUUUGCCUGCAGGUUCAUGGUGAUGGUGCUUUCUCUGGGCAGGGGAUUGUUCCUGAAACACUGACCCUCUCCAAUCUACCACAUUUCAGAGUUGGUGGGAGCAUCCAUUUGAUUGUUAAUAACCAGUUGGGCUACACCACUCCUCCAGAGCGAGGAAGAUCAUCACUGUACUGUAGUGACAUUGGUAAAAUUGUUGGAUGUGCAGUUAUCCAUGUCAAUGGGGACGAUCCUGAGGAAGUUGUCCGUGCCACACGACUGGCAGUUGAGUACCAACGCCAGUUCCGCAGGGAUGUGAUAGUAGACUUGCUCUGCUACAGGCAGUGGGGCCACAAUGAGCUUGAUGAGCCAUUCUUCACCAACCCUAGCAUGUACAAAAUCAUCAGAUCCCGUAAGAGCAUCCCAGACACGUACGCAGAACACCUCGUAGCUGCUGGGCUCAUGACUGAUGUUGAAGUAUCUGAGAUAAAGACGACCUACUAUUCCAAACUAAACGAUCAUCUUGCCAACAUGACUUUGUAUAGUCCACCUCCUACCAACCUGCAGGCUCACUGGAAAGGUUUGGUUGAACCUUCUGCUAAAAUCACCACUUGGGACACAGGUAUGCCAAUACCACUCCUGCAGUUUAUUGGAGUCAAGUCUGUAGAAGUGCCUGAAGAGCUCCAGAUGCACAGCCAUCUUCUAAAGACGUAUGCACAGUCAAGAGUUCAAAAGAUGGAGGAAGGAAAAAAGCUGGACUGGGCAACAGCUGAAACGUUAGCAUUUGGUUCCCUGCUGAGCCAAGGAUUUAACAUCAGACUAAGUGGACAAGAUGUUGGCAGAGGAACCUUUAGCCAACGACAUGCGAUGUUGGUUUGCCAAGAAACAGAUGACACCUACAUUCCUCUGAAUCACAUGUCCCCAGAGCAGAAGGGUUUCUUAGAGGUGAGUAACAGUCCCUUGUCUGAGGAAGCUGUACUUGGUUUUGAAUAUGGAAUGAGUAUUGAGAGUCCUAAGUUACUGCCAAUUUGGGAAGCUCAAUUUGGAGACUUCUUUAAUGGAGCCCAGAUAAUAUUUGACACUUUCAUCUCUGGAGGUGAGGCCAAAUGGCUUCUGCAGAGUGGGAUAGUGAUUCUUCUUCCCCAUGGCUAUGAUGGUGCAGGUCCUGAGCACUCAUCCUGCCGGAUGGAACGUUUCCUGCAGAUGUGUGACAGCUCAGAGGAAGGAGUUGAUGGGGACCGAGUGAACAUGUCAGUUGUGCAUCCCACCACCCCAGCACAGUAUUUCCAUUUACUCCGGAGGCAAAUGGUCCGAAACUUUAGGAAACCUCUCAUUGUUGCUUCUCCAAAAGUGUUACUCAGGCUCCCUGCUGCUGUAUCAAGUUUUGAAGAAAUGGCUCCGAGAACAACAUUCAAACCUGUCAUCGGUGACUCCUCAGUAGAUCCUAGAAGUGUCACCCAUGUGGUGUUCUGUUCUGGUAAGCAUUACUAUGCUCUGGUGAAGCAAAGAGAGACAGUAGGAGAAAAGCAACACAACAUAGCUAUUUUAAGACUUGAAGAACUGUGUCCUUUCCCACUGGAAGCUCUGCAGCAAGAGCUGAGCAGAUACAGUCGUGCCAAAGUCUUCAUUUGGAGUCAGGAAGAGCCACAGAAUAUGGGUCCUUGGUCUUUUGUGUCACCACGGUUUGAAAAGCAGCUGGGAAUUAAGCUCCGUCUUGUGAGUAGACCUCCUUUACCAGCCCCAGCAGUUGGCAUUGGAACCCUGCACCACCAACAGCAGGAAGACAUUCUUACCAACACAUUUAUCUAAAUUUUCAGUGGACAGACUACUCCUGCAGUCAGUCAUGUUGGUUGCCUUCUUCCUGUGAAGAACAAAAGCCAGAUCCUUAGGACUCAAUUCUCCAAAACAGGGAAAAAGAAUGGAAUGAGUUCUGUAAUGGUAAAGCAAUUUUGUAAUGUAGGGGCAUACCUAAGGGUGAAAGCUGAUGUCUGUUACUCCAGGUGGUUCUUGGUCCUUUUUACUAUUUUCCACACAAGAUUUUUUAAAAGUUUAAAAACCAAAAAUGCAGUUUGGGGGGCAGCUCUGUGAGAUGAGUUAAAAGCACCUUGUAUCAGCUUGCUUGUCCACACUGCGCCCAGUUCCCUGGUCAUGGUGCACGCGUGGAAAUGGUUUCUUGUUUCCACAGAGGUGUUAGUGCUCGUUGGUUGAAUAAAUGCUUCCCUGUGCCUGAGAA